GUGUUCCUAUCAGUUUAACUGUUACAAUGUUGGAUUAUUUUUGUAAAUGAUUAGAAUAUGAUUGUAUCAAGCAUGAAAUCUGUAGAAAAUUAGACAUUGCACAAGACCCUCAUUUCCUCUUCUUUUUUUUUUCUUUUUUCUUUUUUUAAAAAUUUUAAAAAAUAUAUUUUUAGACACAAAAAAUGUAGUUUAAAAGGGGCACAUUAUGCAAUAUUACACUGCAUAUACAUUUGUAAUUAUUCUUUGGGGCAGGCAAUGAAAGGCUUUUAGAUAGUAGGACUAUUGCAUGAAGUUGAUACUUGAUUGUCUUAUAUUCGUAACUUUUUGAAGUUUGAUUUAUUUAGCAAGCUUUUGUUAUAGUUGUUAAUGGGGAAUAAGGACUGCUACAUGGUUUGGCCUUCCAUUUCGCGUUGUGAUCCUAUUAACUCUCUCACCUUACCUUACUACUAAUAUUUGCUUACAUCCCUUGUGUGGUUAAAGUUUUUUCUUUUGGUUAAUUACAUUAGAUGUCCCCGAACUAUGCUUUCGAUUUUAAUUUAUUUCUCAAAUGCCAAACGUAUAUUGGUAGUGUAUCAAUCAAGUCUUUCUAUUAGCCUAUUGUAUCAUGGUGCAUAUUUAGAAUAUGUGGAUCAAAGUUUAAACAUGUUUAUACCUGGACAACUUGUGUCUAGUAUGUUAAAAAAAUAGAUAUUGUAUUAAAAUUUAGGAGGGUUAUUUUUUUAAUAUGAUAGAUUUAAGCUAUCCAUGCGUACGUAUAUAUAUGUCUUGAAUUUGAUCCUUUUAUUUUAAAUGUUUCGAACUAGCAUGUAAUGUCUAAGCUAACAGCUAGGUCAAUGGAGGACCUACUUACAAUCUAGAUUAUAGUUUAGGGACCUCUUGUCUAAUUAUUAUUAUUAUUAUCAUUAUUUGCUGAAAUAAAAAUCUCUUCCCCUUAUUUUUCAUUUGAGAUCUUAAUUUUAGAAGCACAUGUUUACUGUUUAACGAUUAUCCAUGAAAAUUGGCAUCUUGUUACUAGAGAGAGAAUACAUUUAUAUCUUACAAAAAAAACCCCAAAAAAAGAUAAAAAGACACGUGUUAGUACCAGAACUAACAAAGGUUCACAUAACAUACAGUUCCAUGGAUCAUGGAGUUAUCACUGCCCAGCAUAACAUCUCUUGUAUUUAUACUUCUUAGAUUGAUUUUGAUCUAUCAUUCAUUAUUGUUUCUUACAAGUGUGAAAAUGGCACUAGUUAGGGAGAGAAGGCACCAACAGGGACUCCGAUUAUCUCUACCACCAUUGCCGGCAGCCGAUUUCCUGCAACAGUCUCAUUACACGGCAUUGCUAUCUGCCAUUGGUCCAACAUCUCCAGACAUCGAAAGCCUCUCUGACCUUGAAAGGCUCUCGGUCAUCGGCCAUGGCAAUGGUGGCACUGUUUACAAAGUCCGGAACCGUAAAAGCUCAUCUGUUUACGCGUUGAAAGUGCUUCGUUUUGAUCAAAACACCGCCAUAAGACAUCAAGCGGCAUGCGAAGCUGAAAUCUUGAAAAGGGUUGAUUCGCAAUUUGUUGUGAAAUGCUUCGCGGUGUUCGAUACUAUUGGAGGAGAGCUUUGUUUCGUAAUGGAACAUAUGGAAAGAGGAUCGUUAUACGACGAACUUCGGGUGAGGGCAAAUUUGCCUGAAGAUGUAAUUUCGGGGAUAGCCCGAAGUGUCUUGCGAGGGUUACAAUACCUACACGGAAUGCAAAUCGUGCAUGGUGAUAUAAAACCAUCGAACCUAUUGAUAAAUGGGAAAGGAGAAGUGAAGAUUGCAGAUUUUGGAGUGAGUAAGAUUGUCGUAGGCACACGGAACGCCUACGAUACGUUCAUGGGAACAUGCGCUUACAUGAGCCCUGAAAGGGUCGAUCCUGAGAGGUGGAAUGGGGGUAAUGCUGAUGGUUUCGUUGGCGAUAUUUGGUCGCUAGGCGUGGUGGUGUUGGAAUGUUGUGUCGGUCGUUAUCCGUUAAUUGGUCUCGGAGAAAAACCCGACUGGGCAGCAUUGAUGUGCGCUAUAUGCUUCGGAGAAAGGCCGCAGAUGCCGGAAACGGUUUCGCCAUAUUUUAGGAGCUUUGUAAGAAGGUGUCUGGAGAAAGAUUGGAGAAACAGAGGGACAGUGGAUGAGCUUCUUCAUCACCCUUUUGUGAAUGGCACUUUUGAAUUGCGGUGAAGGAUUCGUCCAUUUUGAGGGCCUUUUUUUUGUAGUUUUAGGGUUUCUCCAAUCGUUUGAUCAGAGGCUUAUUUUGGGGGUUUUCAAAUUAACAAGUUUUUUCAAUUUGCAUCGAAAAUUAAGAGCACUAAUUUGCAUUUGUGACUGCAAAUCUAAACCCUGUAUUUAACUUUUUUACUUGGAGAAAUAAAUUACACCUAAAUAGGUUUUAGUUGA